AUGGCUAAAACAACGGCAGAUACGCAAGUGGCAGUCUACAAGACGGAUCCCGAGUCCGACAAGAGCAAAAUCAUCCUAAGCGGUCCCCAAGAGACGCUCACCAUGACGUUGCCAGCCCACGCCUCGGACGCCGAAUUCCCCAGCCCAAUCCUCAACGACCAGCUGGCUGUGGAGAUAACGAAGCUCGUCAAGGUUGAUCCCACUCAGAGCUUGGGCGACACCGUCUCGCAUCGGCGGAUAUCAUCCACCACAACAACUGGCUAG